UGCACACGGAAACAUUCGUAUUAACUUAGGGUGUAAUCUAUAUAGCCUCUGGUUAAGUUUUGCUUGAAAUUACAGUAUAAAAGCACAACUGAGAAACAAACUCGUCACUUGAUCUGCAGCAUUUGUCUCAUACUAGCAUCAACAUGAAAGUCUUGAUCCUUAGCAUCUUCUUGGCUUGCGCCUCCGCCCAGUACUACCCUGGUUUCUACGGCUAUCCCGCCACCAGCCAGUUCCACGCUCAAGAUGUGCUGGGACAGGCCUCUUAUGGCUAUGCUUACCCCGGACAGGCUGCUUCCAACUACCGUGACAUUUUCGGCAACCAAGUCGGUUCAUACGCUUACUUGGGACCCAAAGGAGAAGUUCGUGUCAACUACGUCGCCGAUGCCGUUAACGGUUUCCGCGUUGUGUCCAACAACUUGCCUGUUGCUCCCGAAGAUACUCCCGAAGUAGCUGCUGCCAAGAUUGAACACGCUAAACUCGUCAAAGAGGCCGCAACCAAGAAAGCUGCCGAACCCGCUGCUAGCCGCACUAAGCGCCAGGUUCCUUUCUACCCUUCUGCUCUGCCUUAUGCUCUUCCCUACACCGCCCCUUACUACAACUACGUUGCUCCCGCUCCCUUGGUUGCCAAGACUACCUUGAAGACCGUCACUGCCGAGGCUGAUCCUUCCGCCAAGACCCCAGCUGAUACCACCAAAUUCGACCUCAAGGAAAAGAGCUUCGACGUUGUCACCCCUCUUGCUUUCCCAUACGCCUCUUAUGGUUACACUUAUCCUUUCGCUGCUCCAGUUGCCACCCAAGUUGAGGUUUCCCGCAAGAAGCGUCAGGUUUCUUUUUUUCCCUACCCCGCUUUUACUGCUCCCUUGGUUGCCAAGACUACCUUGAAGACAAUCACUGCCGAGGCUGAUCUUUCCGCCAAGACCCCAGCUGAUACCACCAAAUUCGAGCUCAAGGAAAAGAGCUUCGACGUUGUCACCCCUCUUGCUUACCCAUACGCCCCUUAUGGUUACACUUAUCCCUUCGCGGCCCCUUUCACUGCCCCCACUGCUGUUGAGAGCUCCCGCAAGAAGCGUCAGGUUAUCGCUGUCCCCGCACCUGAACAGCAAUUCCUCGAUGACCUCAAGUACAAGAGUGUCGAUUUGAACCAGAACGGUCAACCUGACCAGGCUGUUAUUCCAGUCACACCCGUUCUUAAGACCUACCCUUAUUAUCCCUAUGCUGCCCUCCCUUACUCUGGUUACUACCCAACUUACCCAACUGCUUUCCCCUUCUAUGGUUAACUGAUACCGGAACAAAGCACUUGAUGCAGCAUUAAACUCCUUUUUAAAUCACGUUGCCCAGCAACCGUUUCAAUCGUUUGUUAUUGUUCUUGGUAAUGUGAGAUUGUAUUCGGAUUGUAUUGGAAAUUGGCUUUGAAGGAAUUACAUUUUUUGUUUUGUUUUUGAAAA